AUGGAGAAUUUUACCUCUACUAUCAGUCCCACAUGUUUACAAACACCUCCACUGGCUAUCGACGUCAUAAAUCAACUGGAUAUCUAUGGAGUUCUCUUCUUUUCUAUCUUCACUCUCAUGUCCAGCAUAUCUAUGCUGUUGUAUCUUGAAGAGUGUGUGUAUGUCUACAAGAUGGUUCCCUCCCCGAAGAAAACCACUAUCAUUUGGGUGAAUGGAGCUGCCCCAGUCUUUGUUACUAUGGCUUGUCUUGGAAUGUGGAUACCAAGAGCUACUAUAUUCACAGAGUUGACCUCAAACUCAUAUUUUGCAGUGGUAAUUUACAAAUUCUUCACCCUGUUGCUGGAAGAAUGUGGAGAAGAAGAAGCCUUUCUAAAGUAUUCUCAAGCAAUGAAUGAAACAUUGAUGAUCAGUACUGGGCCGUGCUGCUGCUGCUGCCUUUGCCUGCCCAAAGUACCUAUUACACGGCGUAUGUUAUUCUGGAUGAAGGCUGCAUCUCUUCAGUUUGCUAUUCUCAAGACAGUUUUUUCUGUGCUCUCCAUUGUAUUGUAUGCAAAUGGAACCUUUCACCCUUCUAAUUUGGCGAUCACAGGAGCUGCUGUCUGGAUAAACCCAUUUCUUGGAGUUCUGACCAUUAUUGCUCUGUGGCCGGUGGGCAUCAUGUUCAGUCAUCUAAAACAGACUCUACACAGUUGCAAGAUCAUUCCUAAGUAUGCUAUGUAUCAGCUUAUACUGGUACUCAGCCAGUUACAAGCAGCCAUUAUCAACAUCCUCUCCAUGAAUGGGGUUAUUGCUUGUGUACCACCUUUCUCUUCCAUUGCAAGGGGCUCCAUGCUGCACCAGCAGAUGAUGAUCAUGGAGAUGUUCAUCAUCAAAAUUGUGACCCGAAUACUAUACAGACGCAUCUACGAGCCCUUUACCCUGUGGCCACCUGAGAAUGAGAAUGAUCCUAACAGAAGAAUCAGUUCUGUUACUACAGGGGAGCAUGUGGCCUGA